GCUCCUCUGCACACUCAACCUUUACUCUCCACCUGUGUGGUCACGCUGAGAGCCCAUUCCUGUCCCUCUCAGAUCCACCCCUCCACCCUCCUCGUCCACUCGUCCUCUCCCUUCUGGCUGUUCUCUCGGCUCCCCAUCUUUCUCCUUCUGUGCAGUGACUAUCGAAGAAAUUUGCUGAGAAACGAAGGGGGUCUUAGUGACGUAGUAAUUGUUGGUCUGUUUUUGCCCCAGUCGCUCCUUCCCAUACCUUUUGUGUGCAGCUUUCGUGCCGCAGGAACUCAUCAGAAUGAAUGACAUCGACGAAAAAACGAUGCAUACUCUCCGCAAGGCCUUUGCAUCAGUAGACAAGACAAGAAGUGGAUUCGUAGACAUCAAAGACAUUGAGGGAAUCUUCAACAACAUGGGGACCGCCUUCGAUAUCGACGACCUGAAUGCGACUAUUAAAAGAGUCGACAUUGAUAACGACGGCAAGAUUAACUUCGACAAGUUCGUGAUCAUCGCGUCCAACUUCUUGCAGGACGAUGACGAUGAGACCAUAACGAACGAGCUGAGGGAAGCCUUCAGACUCUACGACAAAGAAGGCAACGGCUACAUCACCACACUCACCUUGCGGGAAAUCCUGAAGGAACUGGACAACAAGCUCUCCGAUGCUGACCUUGAUGUCAUUAUCGACGAGAUUGACGAAGACGGGAAGGGAAAGGUGGACUUCGAGGGGUUUAGGGAACUUAUGAUCUAAUUAUUUUUCCCUUUUCUUCUCUUCCUUUUUUUUUUUUGCCUUCUUUUUUCCCUUCUUCUUUGUCUUUUUUUUUUCUUGUUUUCUUUUUUUUUUCUUGUUCUUUGUCUUCACGCUUACAUAGGUAUUUUAUUUUACUAAAUCGUUGUGUUGCAAAUGGCAGUGUAGGUGAUUUGUUUGCUUAUAUGAGAUGUCGUUAUCAUUAUUAUUUUAUUAUGAUUAUCAUCAUUAUCAUCCUUAAUAUUGUAAUACUGUAACUACUAACAUUUAUCAUAUUUUGUUGUUAUCAUCAUUUUUGUUUUUAUUAUUGUUAUCAGCGAGAGGAAUAUUAUCAUAGACAUUACGACAGAGAACUAUGACCUUCGUAUUGCUGUAAAAGAUAUACCUCUACCUCUUUAAUUGGAAUAAACAGACACUCUCCCCAAAACGAGUCUGAACACACACAACUUACUUCAGCGUACCAGUUAAAAAAAUGCAGCGUAUGAUUUCAUCGCAUGAUCUUGAACAUUUCUCUUCUCUUUAUUGUAUUUAUGUUAAUACUGCGAUGUCUUGCUGUGUAUAUUUUUUGCAUCCAGUUUGCACUUUCAAAGACAUUGGUGUACUGUCGAAUGUAAAUUGACUUAUAUAAAAGAUAAGUGAAAUAAUAUAUUGUUUAGUAGAA